AUCAGCAGUGUUGCCAUGGCAAACUUCGAUGUCGUCGUCGUUGGAAUUGGAGGACAUGGCAGUGCAGCUCUCUAUCACCUUGCUAAGCGGGGUUUCAAGGUCCUGGGACUGGAGCAGUUCUCAAUCGCUCACGAUCUUGGAUCCUCGCAUGGCCACUCACGUAUAAUACGCCUUCAAUACCAUGAACAUCCAGACUAUGUGCCGCUCCUGCGUCGCGCUUACGAGCUGUGGCACAAAUUAGAGGCUGAAUCAGGCCAGGUAGCCCUCUUCCUUGAAAGAAAUCAACUGCUUUACACUACAGGGUGCUUGGAAUUUGCUGAUAAGGCCAAUGCAGACAGCGUCUUCGCUAAUGCUCUAAGGUCUGCCAUGGAGCAUGGCCUUGAGCAUGAGGUCUUAUCGUCUGAAGAAGCGAAUGCAAGAUUUCCGGGAUUUCACAUUCCGUCAAAUUUCAUGGCAUUGUACCAGCCACAAGGUGGCAUCCUCAGUCCAGAAAAAUGCAUCAAAGCUCAUGUUGAAAGAGCAGUGCAGCACGGAGCUACUGUGCACACGGAAGAAAAGGUGCUUGCUUGGCACGUCUUGCCGUCAGGCAAUGUUGAAGUGAGGACAGCGAAGGGAGCAUACACGGCAUCGAAGCUAGUAGUCACAGCUGGUGCUUGGAUCCCGCAACUUGUACCAGAACUGCAGGGGAUUGCGGCUGUGCAAAGGCAGGUGAUUGGAUGGUUUGAAGUGUCAGACCAUGAAGCAUUCAGCACAGAUAACUUUCCGGUCUUCAUUUUGGAGGAUGAGACGCUGGGAGAAUAUUACGGCUUCCCUGAAUUUGAUGGGCUUCCAGGCAUGAAAAUUGGAAAGUUCUACCAUUUGUAUGAGCCUUGCGAACAGCCUGACAACUUGACCCGCAUCAUCACCUCUGCUGAUGAAGAGGUGCUCCGGGCGGCCGUGAAAAAGUACUUCCCCAAGGCUGAUGGGAAGAUGUGCAAAGCUGUCGCUUGCAUGUUCACAAACACACCUGACAAGCGAUUUAUUGUGGACUUCCAUCCUGAGCACCCACAGGUAGUGCUGUGUUCAGCGUGCUCGGGGCACGGCUACAAGUUUUGCAGCGUGAUUGGAGAGAUACUUGCAGAUCUGGUGGUUAAGGGGUCCACAGCACUAAAUAUCGACCUCCACAGAAUCAGCAAGUCCAGAAAGGCUACUCGAGACAUUGCAGGAUCCUUGAGUAGAUGA